CCCGCGCUUACCUGAGUGAGUACUUGCGAUAUUAUGAGCAUUGUUGACGUUUUUCAGUUAGUAUUUUUCCGUUUGUUAUUUUGUUUACCAUUUUUGGUUUUAUCCUAUGUCCCUACGCCGCAAUGAAGGUAAUAGUGUGUUUAUCUGCGAAGCCACGGGCGAUAUUAUUCAAGAGGAUUUCGAGCCCGUCAAAAAUGGCAGAGAGCCCCAGAUUAUGUCUGCAUUCCGAGGUUUCCACAAACUUCCAGCAGUUCUGCUACCCCGAAUUGACAUCAGGCCAUUCUUAAAAUCUGAAAUAAUUGACGAAAACAACGAUAAAUCCGUUAGUGUCGGCACUAACGAUUGUACAGUCGCCGACGAGAGUGUUGAGAACAAUAAAUGUGAUUUAUUAAGUAAAUUUUCCAUGAUAUGUAGUGUUAGCGUCUUAAGAGACGACCUUGAAAAGCUGAAAGAUUCUUUAAAAAACGGCACUUUUGUUGAUAAUAGAUUGAAUAUGCUUAAAUGUAAAAUUUGUGAGAAAACGUAUCAGAAUGAGAGAAAGCUGCACAACCACCAGGAAAAUAAGCAUAUGAUAGUUUAUAGACCUGAACCGGCAAAAUCACAGAAGCGUGUGUCGUUUUCUGACAAAGUUAUUAUCCACGAGUUGAAGGAAUAUCAUAAAUGUCGAAAAUGUCCGAAGAUUUUUGAGAAUUAUAAAGCGUUAAAAGGCCACAUGAAACGUUGGCACAAGAAAAGAAAAUGCUACAUAUGCAAUUAUUGUUCUAAGAAAUUUGUAGAUAGAAUGUUUUUCAAAGUACACAUAAAAUUACACUGUGACAUGUGCGGAUUACUAUUACCGAAUAAGAAACAGUUUAUACAACACAAACGUAAUGUGUGUAGAGUUAUCAAAUACCACAAAUGCAAAACUUGUAGUAGCAUCUUCUUUAAAAUUAUGGACUUAAAAGACCAUAGUUAUGAUCACACGGAUAUCAGCUACGUGUGUGAUAUAUGUAAAGAUCAGUGCCCAACAAAAUGCGCAAUAGCCCAUCAUAUAAAAUUUUUACAUUCAAAAAUACGGCCUACAUUACUUUAUACGGUAAUUUGUUUAGGCAAUGAGCGAUUGUAUUUAUGCGAUUUCUGUGAUGAAAGUUCUGUGGAUCGAGAUUUAAUUGAGACUCACACACAACUACUGCCGGAUUUAAGGAACAGAGUAAUGACCGGAUAUGAGGAUUAUUAUUUUUGUGAUCAAUGCUUCAAGAAGUUUGAUACAGAAACGGUCAUGUUACAACACAAAUGGAGUCAUUUUUUGAAGACCAAUGGUACGGAAACAGACGAAAAUAAAACACAAGCCAUAAAAACAGUUUAUCGGCUUGGAGAGCAAAUACCAGAGUCAAUGCAACCUAGAGUCUUGCUGGAGAAGCUUGAAUUUGAUAGUCAAGAAGUAGUAGAGGUGGUCCCGUCUGUUAACGUAACUAGUAUUGAUAUAAACAUCAGAGAUUUUAAUAAACCUGUGGUCGACCCAAAGUCAAAGAAGACAUUGUUAUCGAAACAUCAAUGUCAGACAUGUGGCAAAUAUUACUCCUCCAACUAUUGCCUGAACCGUCACAUAGAAACCCAACACAGCGAUUACGAAAGCCUGCGAUGCAACGUAUGCGAGGAGACGUUCUUUUGGCCGUCUCUCCUAAAAUCACACAAAUGUAUUCGCCUUAGCCGACCAGAAAUGCCCUUCGAAGAUGCUAGGCCGGAAAUACAUUUUGAUAACCUGCAAGAGUUCACCGAAAGUAGUUUUGACGACCUAAUUAUUGAUACAAAUGAUGAUUAUAUAAACUCUGUGGACUUUGAAAUACCAGCGCCAAUCGUGGAGCUACAUGAGAAUUAUGUAUCGGACAAUUUUGUAUCCUCAACAGUGAGUAAUGAUGUGGAGGAGUCUUUCAUGACGCCCACAGGGUAUAAAGUGGUUAUGCAAGAAGUACCUAUAGAGUUUUAAGGGGCAUUUUAAGUGUUUGUAAAAUUGUACUGUCAGCAAAGUAGACACGUUACCACCUUAACGUAUCUUUUUGCUAUUUGUUCUUGACAACCAAUGGCGUUUAAGGGUUAGAUCAUAUUAUAUUUAUUUCACCGGUGUACCUGCAAUCUCCGCAUUUAAACAAAAUUAUUUCGGGACUUGGAAGGCUUUAACUUUGCUGAUGGUAUGAUAGUAUAGUAAUAACAGUUUUUAAAGGGUUGAUUCCACCUGAUGACGCGAAAAUAAUAUCAGCUAUUC